CUAUAAAUACUUUAUAAUUUUACAACGGGUUAACUUAACCUUUACGCAGAGAUGUCAUUCCAAUUGAAAUUUUAGGUGUUUAAAUUUCUGUGUUCCAUUUUUCUUAGUGAGGCAAAUACAUAACAUUCCGUUCAGUCCACUCCGUAACUCUGACGGGCACAAUGUGGAAUUCCGGUUUUAAAACUAGUUCAUACGUUUAUGCCAUAUUAUUAUUUGGCGUAAUUCUCACAGUGGGUGGGAAUCAUCACCACCAUCCUCCGACGGUCACUUUGGGUCAAGGCGUUCUGCAAGGCGUGCCCGCAACGAGUCGGGGUGGGCGAAGUUACAACGCCUUUUAUGGCGUGCCCUUUGGGAAAGUGAAGAAACGGUUUGAAAUUUCUGAACCUGCCGAUGGCUGGAGCGGUAUUCGAAUCGCGAAUAAACCAGGACCUUCAUGCGUUAAUUCGGGACUUUUCUUUGGUAAAGUGACCGGUUCGGAGGAUUGCUUAUUGUUGGACGUGUAUUCGCCACAGUUGAGGUCCAACGAGUCAUCACAAGAUGAGAAACUGCUCCCCGUCAUGGUCUGGCUGUAUGGCGGGGGGUUUGUUGAAGGGUCAAAAAAUGGGUUUGGAGGGGCCUAUUUUAUGGAUGAAGAUGUCGUCUUGGUCAUCAUCAAUUAUCGGUUGGGUGCAUUUGGCUUUCUGAACGCGGGUGUCGCUUCUGCUCGAGGAAACCAAGGAAUGAAAGACCAAGUCCUCGCGCUUCGCUGGAUACGCGACAAUAUCUUCCACUUUUCCGGCGACAAGGACAAAGUGACGAUUUUUGGUGAAAGUGCGGGUGCAGUGUCCGCCUCUCUUUUGACUUUGUCACCCAUGGCGGACGGUUUAUUUCAUCGCGUCAUCAUGCAAAGUGGCACGGCCGGGAUGCCAUUUUUCUAUCAUGGCGUCGACGGUCGUGAUCUGGCCGUCAAGUUGGCCAAGGAGGUCGACUGUCCGUCAAGCAACAUGGAAUACUUGGUCGAAUGCUUGCAGAGGUUGGAUCCCUCCGUUUUUGGACCGCAUGCAAGAAUGGUUAACGAACUGGGCUUUGACGAAUCCGGGCUUUACAUGGGUCCCUCCUACGAAACUUAUCUACCAUCCGAUAACUCUACUGAGGACGUUUUCCUAUCCGAGGAUCCCUACGAGAUCGCACGUCGCGGAAAUUUUUCCAAAGUUCCCAUGAUUUUGGGCCUCGCUGCGUUUGAAACUUAUUCGGGGGCGAUCUACACUACGAAACAUGACCACCUCAGAAAGCAGGUGAACCAUCAGUGGGGCCGGGUUGGUCCGAAUAUGCUCUUCCUUACUAAAUCUGCGGAAGAUCCCGCCCUAGCGAAUCAAGCGGCCAGAGCCCAUUUCCUGGGGGGAAGUAAUGUCGAAAUAAAUAAAACGACGAUGAUGCAGUACGAACAAUUAGGAUCGGAUCGCCAUUUGAUUCACCCGUUUCGCAUCUUUGCGGAACUGUACUCGAAACACGUGCCUGUUUAUUUGUACAAUUUUACGCAUAUGAUUCCCAUCGUGAAGCAUAAAGAUCCAAGGAUGGCCAUGUUUUUGCCAACUUUUAAAGAUGGACAAACAAGACGUUUACCAUCUCAUGCGGACGAACUCUCGUAUCAGUUUCAAAUGAAGGAAUUAUUUGCUGCAUUUUUCCAACCAAUUGGACAUGGCCACGAGGAUGAAGCAUUUUCUCACGAGUUUGUCGCAACAUGGGCCAAGUUUGCAGAUACUGGUAAACCGGAUGGUCCUUGGGGCGAAUGGACAGCAUUUCGUAAAGAUGAUCCCAACCGAAGAAAGGUACUACAUAUUGAAAAUCCUCCUAAAUUAGAACCAAUUCCGGAUUCUUGGGAAACAAAUUCUGCCUUUUGGGCGAGUUUGAACUUGAAGGAGUAUGGAGGAAAGUGGAAGUCGGAGAAUUAAAGUGUUGCUUAUCGUUAGUUUUAACUUCUUGAAGAGAAACGAUAAUAAUUUUAAGGU